AUGUCUGAUCACGGAUGUCCCUCUUCCGACAGCUCCUCUGACUGGAUAUCCUAUAAUAGCAGCUCUUCUCACAGUUUGAGCCACAAGAUCAGUACGCGUACUGCAUUGCUGUCGACACUGAGAAAGAACCCGUGGUUGACGUCAUGGUCACUCUUCCGCCGGCGAAAGCUGGCCCCCAACGAUGUUGCUUUUGGGCCUCGCCUGGCACCCACAUCAACUGAAGCCGAGCCUAAUGGGAUUGCCCCUGGUGGAGUAACCCCCGUGGCUGGCCCUCAAUCGCCAAACAAAAUGUCCCCGAGCAGCCACUCGAGCAGUGCAUCCUGGGCUCGCUCACUAUUCGCUCCGCAGUUCAGGCGAUACCGUCAACAACGCGAACUUCUCUGGUCAUUUGCAUCAGACACACCGCGCAACCCCCAGUAUGGCGAUGACAGCGAGAUACCCGAAGCCUACGUCUUGCCUUCCGACACACUGACCUCGACGCCUCGACUGCCCUCGAACCCUCAUGUCUGGUCAGAGCUGAUCAGGAUGGAUCCCAAUCACCCGACUUUGAGCCCCAACCUCACAGACCUGCUCACUGGUCUGUCGAGUUCAGAAGAUGCAAGCCGGAAAAUGGCAGCUUUCAAACUGCAGUCGCUCAUCAACGAUCCUUCUUUUGCGGAACAUUUCGUGCUUGCGGGCGGCCUACCUCAACUGCGCACACUCGUCCUCGAAAGUAGUGGAAAUACCCUCGCAUAUAGUCUUGCAAGCUUUGCCAGGUUACUAGAGGUGGACCAAGGAUGGGAGGCUGUCAACGACCGAGUUGUCCAGAAGGCAAGGCUCCCCCCACCCAGGACAUCAUAA